AUGGAGGAGGGCGAGCAGCGCCCGGGCGAAGGCGGCGCCCCGCAGCAGCAGCAGCAGCAGCAGCAGCAGCAGCAGCAGCCCCCGCAGCAGCAGCAGGAGGAGUCCGGCAGCGGCAGCGACGGGGAGCCUAGCCGGCGGAGGGCCAUGCUCCUGCCCAGAGCGCUCCAGGCGCCCGGCAACCACCCGCACCCGCCGCACCGGAUCACCAACUUUUUCAUCGACAACAUCCUGCGGCCAGAAUUCGGGCGGAGGAAAGACUGCGGCGGCCCCGGCAGCGGCGGCACCAGCCCGGAGCAGCAGCAGCAGCAGCAGCUCCUGGCCGCCCGGAGUCCCUCCACGGCUCCGGCCUCGGGCUCCCCUGCCGAAGGAGGCGGCGGUGGCGACGGCGGCUCCAAAGCGCUGGCCACGGCCAAGAAGGGAGGCGACUCGGGCACGCUGGAGGGAACCCUCAAGUCCCGCGGCGGCGGCGGCAGUGGGGAUCUGUCGCUCAGCUCCGACUCGGACAGCUCGCAGGCCAGCUCCUUCCCUGGCGGGCAGCCCAUGCUGUGGCCGGCCUGGGUCUACUGCACCCGUUACUCGGAUAGGCCUUCGUCAGGCCCCAGGUCGCGCAAACCAAAGAAGAAGAACCCCAACAAGGAAGACAAGCGCCCGCGGACCGCGUUCACUGCGGAGCAGCUGCAAAGACUCAAAGCGGAGUUUCAGACGAACAGGUACUUGACCGAGCAGAGGAGGCAAAGCCUGGCGCAGGAGCUGAGCCUCAACGAGUCCCAGAUCAAGAUCUGGUUUCAGAACAAGCGGGCCAAGAUCAAGAAAGCCACCGGCAACAAGAACUCCCUGGCGGUGCACCUCAUGGCGCAAGGACUGUACAACCACUCCACGGCCUCGAAAGACGGCAAGUCAGACAGCGAGUAG